GCCUGGGCGUUGGCGGGAAAUCGGGGCUCGCGCCAUGGCGGCGGUCGACGCUUCGGCCUCAGGGGCGAGAAUGGCCAGCAGUCCGGAAAGUAACGCAUCUUACUCCAGUCAGAAAUCCCCCCUUUGGGAAUGUUCUCGAACGAAGAAAUCCCACCACCCCGAAGAAGCAGCAUUUUAUCUGAAUUGUAGAGCUGCCUACCUGUCUGUUUUCAAAAGCAGUUUAGAAAGCAUCAUUUCAAGGGAUCAACUUUGCCUAGCUCUUCAACAAGCAGGAAGAAAUCCAUCUCAAAAAAUCAUUAGUAAGUAUUGGACUCCCCAAACAGCCAAACUGAAUUUUGAUGACUUUUGUGCCAUCCUAAAGAAGGAAAAACCAACUUCAAAAGCGGAGCUUCUAAGAGCAUUUCAGAAAGUAGAUACAAGUGAUGAUGGCUACAUCUUGCACACUGAUCUUUAUGAAGUUCUUUCAACGAGAGGUGAGAAGAUGACUCGGAAGGAAUUGGAUAGCGUGAUAAAUUUGACUGAUGUUAACAGCGAUGGCAAAUUUGACUACAACAAGUUUUGUAAAUUAUACAUGGCAACCAAUGAACAGUGUCUCCAGACUGCCCUGGAAAAGCUCGAAGUUGAAAGUAAACUGAGGCGCCAGCAGUUUGGAAGUCACGUCGAAGGCUCUCCCGAACGGGGCCUAACUCCGAUACCAAAGCCGUCACCAAGGAUCCCAUCAAAAAACGAACACGGCAUUCCACCGAACAGAGGUGACAACCAGACUUCUUCUCGACCAUCAUCAGCUCGGAAGUUCAAAGCAUCUGUUUCUUGCUCAAUCAGUAUGGGUGCCAACAGCACUAAAAACUCCAAACUUACGGAGCCCAACUCCUUAAAGGAGUGGCAGUGUACACAAUCAAAAGGCUGCUUCUUUUUAGAAGAAGAUGGUGAAAUCAUUAGUCAUCAAUAUAGGAUGCAUAUAUCUCAAAGAUCCACAGUUUAUCUAACUAUUAAGCCUUUAAAUCUGAGUGAAGAAGAAGGAAAACCAUCUCAGUGGUUAGCAGUGGACACUGCAUUGUAUAUUCUGAAGGAAAUUGAAGGCCAAGAAAACCUACAGCUUGUGUGCUUUACAGAACUGCGGAAUAGAGAGAUGUUUGGGUGGAAAGGUGAAUUAGGAUCUGGAGUUUAUUGGUUAAUUCCUUUCACAACUGGCUGUAGACUGAAGAAGAAAAAAAAUCAGAUUACUGAAGAAGCCAAAUUGGUAUUCAGAGGAGAAGAGGGGGAACUGUCCCUUACGAAGGAAUUCAGAUCAGCUCUAUCAGACAUCUUCGAAAUAAUUGAUUUAGAUGGAAAUGGUCUCCUUAGCCUUGAAGAAUAUAAUUUCUUUGAACUGAGGACGAGUGGGGAAAAGUGUGAUGAAGACGCUUGGGCGAUCUGCAGGGAGAAUUUUGACACCAAGAAGAAUGAACUGACCAGGCUGGGGUUUAUGGAUCUGAAUCUUAUGGAAGCCAACGAUCGUGAUGGAGAUCCUAGUGACCUCUGGGUGACCUUGCAUUCAAUGGGCUACAAUAAAGCCCUGGAAAUGGUAGAGGCAUGCCCUUUUGUCAUUGAUAUCUACGCUGAAAAAUGCAAGCCCAGAAUUAAAGCAGUCUAUCUCAGGGCAGGCAACGGGCAGCUCGAGAGGGCCAUUUGCAAGUCUGUCGUUAACCAAGGCGAUGCCAAGCUGAUGGAUGGUUAUGAGAACGUAGUGGUUCACACUUAUAGGAGUGACACCCGGAUCUCUUCAGUUAUUGAAAAUAAGUCAGACACUAAAGUGAUUAUUUACGUCAACAAUGAGCUAAGCAAAAACUGCAUUAAUAACCGAGGACUCAGCAUCUUCGCGGUGGAAGUGGCUCCCAAAUCGAUGAUGGUGUGCCAACAUGUAAUGCCUUUGAACGAAUGCCAAGAAUGGAUAUAUAAUUGUGUGGAUUCCAUCGCAUCAUAAACACUCCACUUGGAAAGCGGUUUCUCUCAGUCCGGAGAACUUCCCGUGGUAACAGAUUCCACAUGCUCACCCCGCAGUGGGUGGAGAAGGGCUUCCUUUUGAUUGGCUUUGAACAUUCCCGCUCCGAGCCCCAGUGCGUGCCUCCUUAGGCAAUUUUGCCGGCAUCAAUUCCCAUCAAUCCCCAUCCACGGCCUUCAGGAUUUUGCAGACUUCCGGCGUAUCGACCGUCAGCCUUCAUCUCCUCAGCCCGAAGAGAACUGAGCUCUUCGGGCUCCCCUCACACACGAGGAGAGAGUUGCUCCCUUGAGCGAGUCCACCUCGGCCUUGGUGUUAAUUUCAUCCAUAUCUGCCCCAGAGACUCGUUCCCCACUUGAUCAGCUGCAGGACAAAUCGAAACAAAUCCACCUCUUCCGUGUAGCAGGAGCAGAGUUGUCCUUUGGUUCAGAGGUGACGGUGCCAGCAGGGAGGACGCAUCCAGGCGCUUAGUAAAGUGCUCUGCACACAGCAAGCGCUCAGUAAAUACGAUUGAAUGAAAUGAACGAAUCCAUGAAUGUCUUUGAGAGCACUUGCUCCAGUGCUCUGCACAUGAUAAGCGCUCCAUUAAAUUCCACUGA